AUGGGGGAAUGGACGAUACUAGAGCGGCUGUUAGAGGCUGCUGUCCAGCAGCACUCUACUAUGAUCGGAAGGAUCCUACUCACAGUAGUAGUGAUCUUCCGGAUUCUAAUAGUCGCUAUAGUGGGGGAGACGGUGUACGACGACGAGCAGUCCAUGUUCGUGUGUAACACGCUACAGCCAGGCUGCAACCAGGCUUGCUACGAUAAAGCAUUCCCUAUAUCCCACAUCAGAUACUGGGUGUUCCAGAUCAUCAUGGUGUGCACCCCCAGCCUCUGCUUCAUCACCUACUCCGUGCACCAGUCGGCGAAGCAGAAGGAGCGGCGCUUCUCCACUGUUUACCUUUCCCUGGACAAGGACCAGGAUUCUAUGAAAAGAGACGACAGUAAAAAGAUCAAGAACACAAUUGUGAACGGAGUACUACAGAACACGGAGAACUCCACCAAAGAAUCCGAGACGGAUUGUCUCGAAGUGAAGGAGAUGCCUAGUUCAGUCAUGAGAACUACCAAGUCCAAAAUGAGACGUCAAGAGGGCAUCUCAAGAUUCUACAUCAUCCAGGUCGUUUUUCGAAACGCGCUAGAGAUAGGGUUUUUAGUGGGUCAAUACUUCCUCUACGGAUUCAAUGUCCCUGCCGUGUAUGAAUGUGAUCGAUACCCCUGCAUCAAAGAUGUUGAGUGCUACGUUUCAAGACCAACGGAGAAGACCGUGUUUCUGGUCUUCAUGUUCGCCGUCAGUGGGAUAUGUGUGGUCCUAAACCUCGCAGAACUCAACCACCUUGGCUGGAGGAAAAUCAAAACAGCUGUGAGGGGUGUGCAGGCUAGGAGAAAGUCAAUUUACGAGAUCAGAAACAAAGACUUGCCGCGUAUGAGCAUGCCCAAUUUCGGUCGCACUCAGUCGAGUGACUCCGCCUAUGUGUAGCGCCUAUGAGGCUGCUGGGGGUCAACAUGGUGGAUAACAGCUGUAUUGAGACAAAGCAGAAAUAAUGAUGUGUUGGAUACUAGUUCAUCUCACCAAUUUCCUUUGAAGUAGGUGGGGUAGAUCAAUUUAAUUUGUC